GAAGCGCAGUGUUGACGUGUGUGGCUCGAUUACGGAUAUACCACGACAACCGCUUGCGAGCACGCUAAAAUGCAUUAGAUUCAGCCUAAUUGCAAAUCAUUAUAUUAUUAUAAGUUAUACAUGCUGUGCAACCGUGGGAUGGUUGGUCUGAAAAUAGCAUAACAUUAGCAAACAACGCGUAACACAAGUCAAUGUUACGUCACGUGGUGUGAGUAGGGCGGCCAUCUUUCUCUGAAAACACAAACAACAAGAGUAAGGAGCAGACUUCUCGACUGGACAUCAACACGCAGCGACCGUAGGAGAGGGGGUAAACAAAUCAAACAUUGAACACGACUUCAUGAGAGUAUCAGUACCAUUCUGUUGGAGGAGGAUGUUUACAGAAAGAGAAAGGAAACCAAUGCAUAUGAAUUAAAACCGAAGAUUGUACACAACAAAACGUAUUUAAAAAAUAAAUAAAUAAACUACAUUAAUUCAAAGCAGUUUGAAGGGAGGUGGACAGGAAUCAAAGGUGUCGUCACCUAGAGGGUCAGUCAAGCCACGUUUCAGUCGGAGAGGAAACGACAGGAGAGAAAAGCAGGAGAGGAGGAGGGAGAGAGUCGCGUCUGCUCCUGGCAGCUGUUCCAGCAGCCUGCUCUGUUUUCCCCUGCGUUUUGAUUUAAAUCGAGAUUAAUCUUGUUUUUUUUGUUGUCAAAUGUGAUAUUACUGCUGUUGUCGUAAUCAUUAUUGUUACUAUCGAGUAUUUUAUUUUGUUUGUUUCGUCAACUCGUUUUCGGAUUAUUCCAGUUUCUUGUUUUUCUUUUUACGACUUUUUUUCUCCAGUUGUGAGCAGAGGCUUCUUCCAAACUGUCCUCAUAUCCAUACCAGUACUCUAUCCCCUAUACACACCUGAAACAGGCAGCUAUUCUCUAUCUCUGUGUGUGUUGGGGAGCUCUGUUACCACAGCUGUGUAAGCACCACUCAGCCUUCUCACUCAGCCUUCUAAGCCAGUCCUAGCCUGGUCCAGCGAAGUCCAGCCUGGUCCACUCUUCUGGACAGGAUAUGGUCUGAUGUUUGCUAGGCUACUUUGAAGCAAGAUACUCAGCUCUGUAAAGACGUGAGGAAUAUGACUGCUGAGACACUUAACUUCGGCCCAGAAUGGCUCCGUGCACUAUCCAGUGGGGGGAGUGUGACGUCCCCCCCUCCUUCCCCCGCCAUGCCAAAGUACAAGCUGGCCGAGUAUCGCUACGGCCGAGAGGAGAUGUUAGCACUUUAUAUCAAAGAGAACAAGGCCCCAGAGGACAUGCAGGAUAAGGAGUUUUCUGCUAUUCUGCAAGAUGAGCCCAUGCAGCCGCUGGCACUGGAGCCUCUCACUGAGGAGGAGCAGAGGAACUUCUCCAUGUCUGUGAACAGCGUGGCUGUGAUGAGGCUCAUGGGUAAAGGAGGUGGAGUCGCCCCUGCGGGCAUGGCCCGAGGCAGAGGCACCACACGAGGAGGAGGCCGAGGGCGAGGCCGAGGAGAGAGUGGAGGAUUCUACCAAAGAAGUAUUGAGGAGGGAGAGGUGGGCUUCGGCCGCGGAGCCAGAGAGAUCUAUCGCAGCCAGAGCUGGGAUGACAGGGGCGAGAGGCGUUUUGAGAAGCCUGCGCGUGCCAGGGAGGGGGUACGUGUUGGAUUAGAGGAGGUGACGGGUGUACCUGUGCCGGGGGUGCCGAGGAAGGACUACACACGGUCUGACAGUGAGAACUGGCGUACCCUCAGAGAGGAGCAGGAGGAAGAGGAAGGGGCCGACCCAGGAGGCAGCUGGAGACUGGCCGGAGCACGUAGAUUAGAUGACGGAGGCCCAAGGUCUGCAGGCUGGCGGGAGCACGACGGUCCGGUUGAGGGGCGUCGCAGGAAGUUUGAGUUUGACUUCGGCGGAGGUCGCAGGCGGGCCGGGAGCGAAGGGUUAGAUGACGACAGAGACGGACUGCCUGAGUGGUGCACUGAUGAAGAGGACGGAGAAAUGGGCACCUUCGACGCAUCUGGCGCUUUCCUUCCCCUAUCCAAGGAUGAGGAGUUUGACUUCCAGGGGAUAGAGGAGGAGGAAGAGAGCAUGUCUGGCAUGGAGAGGAUCAUGAAUGGAGGACAGAGAGUUGACAUCAAGGAAUCAGCCAGUGACGGGGAGGUGAAGAACAGAACCAGUCCCCCCUCCUCCUCUGCCCCUCCAGCCCUGGGCCUCAACCCCCCCAUGCCCCAGCUCUCCCUCACAGUGGCUGAGCUGGAGGCCUCUCAGAUGGCCGACAGCCACCCUCUUCCUGCUCCGCUCCCUGCUCCUGCUCCUCUCGCUGUUCCUGUCCCUGCCAAGGCCAGCAAGAUGCCAAGUGAAGUAGUUCCUGAAGGAUCACCAGCAGAGGACUCCACCACCCAGCAGAGCCCCAGCACCUCCUCCAGUCUGCCUUCCCCCCCUCCCUCCGCAUCCUCCUCCUCUGCUGCUACCCACCUCCCCCUGCCACCAGGGGGUGACACCGAGGAUGACGAGGGCAUGAAGCACCUGCAACAGGAGGCAGAGAAGAUGGUGGCGUCCCUGCAGGACACAUCUCUAGAGGAGGAGUGUUUUACCCAGACGCUGCAGGAGAGCAGAAACACAGCCUCUGCCCUGCCCCUCUCCCACGACGCUGCCAUGAAGUGGUUCUACAAGGACCCCCAGGCAGAGAUCCAGGGUCCGUUCACCACCCUAGAGAUGUACGAGUGGUUCCAGGCGGGCUACUUCUCCAUGUCUCUGCUGGUGAAGAGGGGCUGCGACGAGGGCUUCCAGCCGCUGGGCGACGUCAUUAAGAUGUGGGGGCGCGUGCCUUUCGCCCCCGGGCCCUCCCCACCGCCCCUGCUGGUGAGACCUCCACCACCGCGCCCUCAGCCGCUGCCACCCCGGGGUCCUGCUGGUAACAUGGAUCAGGACCGUCUGAAGAAGCAGCAGCAACAGGACUUGGCAGCAGCUGCUCUCUAUCAGCAGCUCCAGCAGCAGCAGCAGCUAUUCCAGCUCAUCAACAGGUGUGGAGAACAGGGUAUGAUGCCUUCAGUGAACAGGUCGAUGUCAGUGCCAGAUACAGGGACCAUGUGGGACAUGCAUACCUCAGCUUCACAGCAAUCAGGCGGUGAAGCCAGUUUAUGGGACUUAACAAUGAAUUCUUCAACUCAGGGUCCAACACUCGAACAGCUUCAGAAGCUCCAGCAGGAGAGGAGGGAGGCUGAACUCAGGACGAAGCGCGAAGAGGAGGAGCAGCGCAAGAGAAGAGAGGAGAAAAGGAGGCAGCAGGAGGAGCAGAAGAGGAGGGAAGAGGAGGAGAUUUUCAGACGCAAACAGUGUCGCCAACAGCAGGAGCUGAUCAUGAAGUUGCUCCAGCAGGCCCCUCAGCAGGGCUCAGGCUCCGGGGUGGGGUCUGGCUGGGGCACUGGGGGCCUCAACAAGCCAGGGGCCAAGGGCCUCAGUCUGCUGGACAUGCAGGAAGCCGAGAGGCUUCUCAAACAGCAGCAGAGAGCCCAGCAGCAACAGAGGGAACGCCAUCAAGGCAUGUCCAUGGGUCAGUGGGGGGACGGAGGUGCUGUCCCAGGGGGCCUGUGGGGAGGCGGAGGGGGGAUGGAGGGUAAGGCUGGAGGCGGAGGGGCCAUGGGUCUGUGGGAGGAGGCGGUGAAGAGCCAGUCCAGAGGUGGCAGCAUGCAGGGUCUGAAGAACAGCCGCAGCAGCCCCUCACUCAGUGAGCAGUAUAUGUUAAGUCGUAGGAAGCAGCGUACGGAUGAGGAGGACAAGCUGCUGAAGCUGCUGCAGGGCAUCAAGACGCCUCAGGACGGGUUCACCACCUGGUGUGAACAGAUGCUGCAUGCCCUCAACACCCAAGCCAACAACACCUCCUCCCCACUGGACGUGUCCACCAUCGUGGCGUACCUGAAGGAGGUAGAGUCUCCCUACGAGGUGUUGGACUUUAUCUGCUCCUACCUGGGAGACACCAUGGAAGCCAAAGAGUUCGCCAAGCAGUUCCUGGAGCGCCGUGCCAAACAGAAACAGAACCAGAAGAGGCAGCAGGAGCAGCUAUCAAAGGAAGUAGCAGGGCUGACCAUGAACAACUUCCCUCUGCAGGACUCCAUGCGGGGCGUGAACCCCAGCGCACUACAGUCUAUGUUUCAGGCGGCCCACAUGGCUAAGGGAGGGAUGUACGAUGCCCAGGGGGGCAUGAAGAAGAAGAAACAGCCCGUGAUGCUGCAGUCUGACCCCAGCAUCCUAGGCUACUCGUUCCACAACGCGGGCGAGCGUCUGAGCCUAAAUGAGAUGGAGAUGGUGGAGGAUUACUGAUCCAGAUCUGAUCAGCAGCGGCAAUAGCUACUACCUGAGGCCUUCUGUCUACUAAUCAGACAAACCUGAUGACGAAUGUGCACUGCUAGGGGAUGGGGGGCUCAUAUGGGGACAGGAAGGAGAGGAUUGUUUCACUGCCCCCCCAACAAAAAAAAAGAGUAGGGCUCCUCUUCUUAAAUCGUUCACUUGAGUGGGUGGAUGAGGUGAAAGGGGGUGUGAUGGGUAUCCCUUGGCACUUGUAAGACUAAGCACCUUAAACUGAACUAAUGCACUUUAUUAUUAAGUUUGAAUCAUUUUUUUUAUGAAUACAGAAUCGGUGUGUGUGUGUGUGUGUGUGUGUGUGUGUGUGUGUUGAAUCUACACGCAAUGCCGUAUGUAUACACGUGAAAAUCUGAACUGGAAGGGUGAGGUGAAUGGUUGGUGGGAUAGGCUCACUGGGAGGGGGAACUCAAAGGUAGAGGGGACCUUUUAUUUUGAAACCUUAUCAGAAAAACCAAUCUUUUCUUUAAAGACAAACACUGUUGUUUUUUUUGUUUUUUUAAGACAAUACAUUUAUAUAAAAAGUAAAGCUAUUACAAAAAAAUGGAUACAAAGAAAACUUGAAGAUUUGCACUUGUGUUAAAAAAGAAAGAUAAAAUAAAAAAACAAAUGAGGUUAGGUAUAGAGAUUAAUAUUUUGUGUGUGUGUGUGAGGGCUGCUGUGUAUCAGAAACAUACUAGUCUGCACAAUGUAUAUAUUUUUUCCAUUGCUUACCAAGAUGUCAUUUGGUUCAAAUUAGAUAAAUUUUUUAUUUUUAUUUCAUGAGUAGAACGUCUGUCCUCUUGUACAGAGGGACUUUCUUUGAAUACUUGUGUGUGAGACCGAGAGUGAGAGGGCAAUCCCACAACACAUCCUUCCUCUCACCAGCUCGUCAUCCCCAGAUAGACGUAGUGGAAACACAUACAUUUGUAGAGGAGGAUUAUGGCUUUAUGUUGUUGACCACCACUUGUUUGGUUUUUUUCUGUGUGAUUUUGGAGUAUGGGCUAUACCCCUCCCCUGCGGUCUUCUCUCAGCCACGGUCUCUCAGCCUCUGUGAGGUUUCAAACAGACAGUGGUAAGGAUCUUUAUUGUGUGUGUGUGUACGCCUGUGUCUUUACUAAUCAUAGGAAAGAAGUGAUCCCUACAGGUACUUAUCUCUGUGUGUGUGUGUGUGUGUGUGUGUGUAUAUGCAUGCACAUUUUUGCCUUAGAACUCUGAAAGGGUGAAUGGGAGGGAAUGUUCAAUGACCAUUGAGACAUGAACUACUUUUGAGUGUACUGUGAUGUUAAGUUAAAGGAGAAUUAAACUAUUUUUAGGGACCUAAUCUUUAUUUUUCAUGUAAAUGGCAUGGUCCAGACAACAUCAUUUUUUGCAAUUUCAUUUGGUUUUGAGAAACUUACCAAGAAGCGAUUGACUUCCUGGGCCUCAUUCUGGAGUUCCAGGACAUCCCAAAACGUGAGAGCUUUUUGGUUUGUAAAAGGGUGUUUUUGGAGCCUUUUCAUGUUUUUUGGAUGCCCCGGAACUCCAGGCUCGAGAAGUCGAUCCCUGCCGGGGUACAUUUUUCAAAACCAAGUGAAAUUGCAAAAAGAAGGGUCUGUAAACCUUGUAUAACAUUCCAUUUACAUCCAAAAUAAAGAUGAGGUUCUUAAUGAAAUUCUCUUAAGCGCUCUGCACAGUCAAUGUGCAUGUCAGUCAUGUAUCCUAAUAUUUCUAGUAUAGCCUGGGGAUGAAGAUGACUCUUCUUCUUUGUAAGGUUAGUCCGGUUUAGUUUUCCUGGGACGUGAUCACGUUGCCUUGUCGGCUUUCUUUAACUUGCGUGUGAAAGGUGUUGAGUUUCAGAUUCUGCUCAAAACGAUUGGCAUCAAACUGUCUGUGUACAGGACGGUGCACAACAUGUUAGCAUAUUCGUGUUACUUAUUGUUGUUGCUAUUGAUAAAGAUGGUGGUGACUUUUUUUCUGAAUAUAAAUGAACAUUUAUAUAUGAAUAUAUACAAAGAAAAAAAAAAGAUUUGGACUAAGAUUAUGAUAAGCACUUGGGGCUGCUUUUUUUUUCUUUCUUAAUUUGUUUUUGUUUCAUUACCGCCAUGUGAAGUGCGUUUGGUUAUUUCUUUCUUAUGAAAACUUUGAAUGUAUUCCCCCCCCUCCCCCAAAAAGACUAAAUGUGAUGAUACCGGAUAGAAUUUCAACAACGACAAAAAAACUCAGAUUGAAGAGGUCUUUCACCUUUUCUUUUUUACUCUGAGGAAGAACUCUGGAUGGCUACAGUUGAUCCCACUGCCUCUGCAAUCCUGUUCUUACAAAAACAAUAUUACUAUGAGAAAUAAAAUAGACUAUUUUCUAUUCCUUUACUGGAUUUUUGGUUGUUUACAAAACACAGAUUUCUGUGGGUGCAGUUUUUUUGUGUAGGGGUGGGGUUUCGAGAGUGUGCUUCUGCAAUAUGGACGUUCAUUGGCGUACAUUGUUUUUGGCGGGAGGAGGAGGGACACCACAAUGUGACGGACAAGAUCCUUGCCCUUUGACCCUUUAGUGGGCAUGGCUCUUUGGAAUUGACUGAUCCUCAAGGAGCGCAGGAGAAAGAAUUCAACAACAAAGUUAGUGUGUUUUUUUGGGUUUUGGGGGAGUUCAUUAUUCGUGUUUUCUUCCGGUUUCAUUUAGUUACUUUUUUGUUGUUGAACUGCCUAUCUUAACUAGACAAGUACUGAAAGAAGUAUAAAGCUUAAACAAAAAGCAGGGCACAGCAGAGGUGUUUUUGGUACUUCGACCACGAAUAAAGGAAACAACAAUAUCAUCGCUUUAAUAGGAGAGAAAAAAAUGCCCUGGAGUGAAAUUGUGGAGUUUUAUUUUUUUAUCCACCAACGUUAAAAGCGACAGAUGGACAAAUCUUUGAGGGGUGGAUGAGAAUAAAGGAAAUUUGAAGAUUUUGUAAAACUGUACAUACAUGAUGUUGACCUCAAAUCUACCAUUGCAUUUGAUUGGACUGUGUCAGCGGCAUAUCUUACUUUUUAUCAUUAUACUUUUUUAAGGGGACUCAGGGUGUGCAGUGGGAGUGUAUUAACCCUGCAAUGAGGGGAAAUGAAAGGGUACCAGUACUGAUCCCUGGGGGACACCCCUCGACACUCACACCCUGCCCUGACACUCACUAUGCACUUUCUAACUGUGAGGUUCCAUUACAUUUGGGACGGGAGCACAGAAAUAUUAUAGUACAAAGGGAGGGUUGGAAAAUGUAACUUUUUGAGUUUUUAGUUAGUACCGUCUCACUGAAAACGAGAUUCAAACCGAAACAAAAGACUUAGGAACACACCUUCCUCCUCCUGUACAUAACCAUAUUUUUGUAUUACCUUUUUUUUUUUUUUGAAAAUCACUUGGACAAAACCACAAGGCUUGAUAUAAAAACAAACAGAUGAAAGAAAUUGAGACAGAUUGAGGAACAGAGUGAAUGUUCCUCAAGGAAACAUGUUUUUUUUAUACUGAGGUAAAUUAACUACCUGGAAGUUCCCUUGACUUUGCCAGUGGCCCUGUCUAUCAUCAGGAAUGGCGAAAGAAAGGACUUAACGUGGAUGGAGCUGCGGACUGUAGGGACUCCCAAGACUGAUUGGUGAUCGUAGUCUGUCAUCAAAAUGGACUCCACUGCAGAUCCCAGCCCAGGGUGUUUGAACAGCAAUCGCCAACCAAUGGAGAAGGCAGGGGAGAGACAACACAAACGAUGGAUGUACCGGGAGACCUUCUGCCCAGAUGCCCCCCCCGCCUUCUGCCACCUAGCCACUGCCUGGAGAUCAACUACAAGGUGACUGCAAGAAGAGAACCAUCAUAUAGGAUUCUAACUGUUCCUAGCUGCCCUCUGUUGGAAAGGAGAUGGAGCGUACUGUAUCUUCAAACCUUUCUUUUCCUCUUCUUUCUGCCCCCUGGUGGUACAAGUGCCAAGCAGAAACCACAGCAGCAGAGGAACUUGAACAGUGGACUACACACGAACGUAGAGCUUUACUCAUGUGUACAGUACACACAGCUGGAUUCUGGUAAAAGAAUUGCAAGCACACAUUCUCAAAAAGACUUGCUCUUUUCUAGAACCACAUUCACACACACAACUAAUAGAGCCUGUCAUUACACCAGCGUUUCCCAAACUCGGUCCUGGAGGCCCCAAGGGGUGCACUACACAGCUGAUUCAAAUAAUCAACUAAUCAUCAAGCGCUGGUUAUUCAAAUCAGUUGUGUAGUGCUAGGGCAUAAACAAAAACGUGCACCCCUUGGGGUCCCCAGGACCGAGUUUGGGAAACACUGCAUGACACAUUCAUGCACACACACAGACACAAGCGGAAAGGCUCAAUACUACACACUUGAGUUCAAACUGCUUUGUAAAUAACGUGAAAGUAUUUUGUUUUCGUCUAAUUGUUUUUCUUUUCUCUCUGUUCAACAUGCCUUAACUGUACAGAUCUGCCUUGUAUGGCAAACUCUAAAUAUUCAAUAAGAGAACAUAAGGAUAAUAGCAUUUGAAGGGAAGGUCUGUUCUACUUACUGGACAGGACUGUCUUAUUGGCUAACAAUACUGUUGUAUGUUACGUUAUUUCUGUCCAGCAUCUAUCGCACGUUAGCAUGAAAGUAGAACUGUAGAAAACCCCUUACGACAAUGAUGAUGGUUUGCCUUUUUUGAAAGCAAGAGUGUUUCUUUUCAGAUAUCCAGUUUUAAAUGCCUAUACAUGUAGUUGGUGUAGGGUGAGGAAUGAGAAGUCUGGAGUAUAGUGUGGAGCUGAGCUGACUUGGAAGGGUAUGUUAAAGGCCCAGUGCACCCAAAAAAAAUGACUUUAUAUAUAGUAUAUUUCCACACUGAGGUUUGAAUAAUACUGUAAAACUGUGAAAAUGUUAAUGCUCUUUUAGUUUAAGAGCUAUUUGAAAAGACUGCCUAUUUUGGUGGGAUGGAGUUUUUGCCUGCAUGGUGACAUAGACCAAUAAGAAAAAGCGUUCCAAACCUCUCUGCCAAUAACAGCUAGUUUAGUUUCCCUCCCCACUCAGACCACUCCCAGACAGCCCUUGCUAAAUUCUUGCUUGAUAAAUUGGUCUUUGCUAAGAAGCUGUUUUUGUUUCUUUUUGACCAUUUUAAAUAAAUGAAAUCACAGUAAGGUAAACUGUUUCCCAGAAAUGAUUCGAUAUUGAGAUGUCUGCAUUGGACUUUUUAAAUCUGUCCUCUCUCUCACACACACACACACACACACAGCCCCACUACAUAUUACUAUUUACCCCAUCACUAGUAAUGUUUUGACGGAAAGGAUUUUGACACAAUGAUUCACAUUAUGAGACUUGAUUUGAAAGAUGUUCAACUGUUUUAUCUUGGUGCUUACCACACCUUAAAAUGGAGGACAUAUUUAUUCUUGGCGUUCUCGGAGUAGCCUAAAUUGUCCCUAAACAUUUGACUACUGACCAUUUGUAAUGACUUAUGUCCCUGUAUAUUAGAAGCGUCUACCGUAGCUAAUGGUAUUGAAUGGCUGUAUACGAUUCAAGGUUUACUCAACAGAUUGAGUGGCUAUGAUACUUGUUGCUAUAUGUAUACCAGUAUACAGUUGAUAAUGGGUUUGUCUCUCUUCUACUGAAGGUGCUUGGAACAGUUCUGAAACUUGUUUUUGUUUUUCGUAUGGAGAAACCCAAUACUUCCACUGUCAGUUAGGUUGAAUGGAUUAAUUAUUUUGAAAGUGUUUUCCUAUUUAGAAUCAGUUCUGGUUGGUCCGACAAACAAGUAUUAACUUCCGUUGUAGGAUAUGACUGUGGUUCAGGUUUUUCCAUAUGUGUUAGCUUUGGCUUUCUCCCCAGCUAGCACAUUUGGGUCCUUGGAAGUUGUGGGAACGUUGUGUUUUUUUUUGUUUCCAAUUGGUUGUGGGAAGAAGCCAUACCUUUCCUAACUGGUAAAACAGAAUAAUUAUUUGGGGUUAACUGUUUAAACUCCAAGCACAGAUCAGACACAUGGAAAUUCAUGCAAACAUUCAAAAAAAUGUGACAUUGCAUCUGUGAGAUUCGAACCUAUAAUCUUCUGGAAUUAGUCUACUGUGCCAUCAGGAUGGAGUUAGUGUGCCAUUGUUUUUUUACACAUACAAAUCUGUUCCUUUGAGUCUAUUCAAACAGACCACAUUUUUAAAGGAAACAGCACUCCUCAAGCUCAGGUGUGGCCACCACACCCAAACACACUUAACAAGAGUGUUUUGGUGAUGCUGAGAACAGAAUGUAUGUUUUGACAUAACGUUCUCUGAACAUUAAAGUUUUUAUAGGAAGUUUUAAACAAUGAGAACAUAACUUUAAAUAGAACCAUGAGGAAACGUUAUGCUGAAGUACUGAAAUUCCCACAGAAGAACGUUUGUUUAACGUUCUCUGAACUAUGAGAACAUUCCCAAUGUCAAACCAGUUGGAGAAUGUUCUUAAAACAUUACCAAAACUGAACUUAAAUGUAACCAUGUUUGAACUUUUAGGAAACAUUCUGUUAAAAGUAAUGACAUUUGACAAAGUGCUGAGAAUGUUCCAAAGCCAAGCAACUAUCCUGCAACAUUCCCAGAAAGUUGUGGAAAGGUCAUAUGCAAAAUCAACACAACCAAACUAAUAAACAUAUGGUUCUCAGAAAGUUACGUUUUAGCUGGGUUGGUUUUGAAUACACUCUAUUCAGUCCGUUUGGAUCAGUUUAUGUAUUGGUUAGUGCAGAUUGGGGAAUAUCUAAAAUGUCACUGAAGUACUUUGUGAAGACCGAGAGAGCAGGGUAUUGUCAUUAUUUGAAUUCCAUCGGUCAGAUAAGGAUGCCAGUGGCAUGCUGGUUUGCAGGGAGCUGUGUUUCAAAUGUAGCCACCAAUUAUUCUAGUCUGUUGUUGAAUGACUGGUGGUUAUCAUAUGUUAGUCUGUCAAGUCUCCAGCUGUUGACAUUUUUCAGAUUUUCUGUUAAUCCUUGAAGUUCAAAAGUGAUUGUUUUGGCAUUGUGAUGCCCCUGGGGGAGAUUGCCAUACCUUUUGAUAUGAUUAAUUUACCAAUUUAUCAAAUGAUAUUUUCCCUUGUUUCACCCAGUCAGCUCAAUUCCAUCACUUAAACUUUUUGAAUGAGUUCAGUAACAUAAAUGCAUUCAGAAAAAGGACGACCUAAAGAAUUGUAAAUAGUUUGGUUUUUGUUUGUUUGAAGAGAACCAAAAGUGAUUAAAUAAAAUGCAUUAGAUGGG